AUGACCAAAACCAAGAUGGAACUUGCAUUGCCGCUUGCUCUUGGUCUCAUUUUCAUGCUGAGUUUAUCACCCACUUCAGCACACCAAAAUCUAAAAUUUGCAGAUGCAAAAGAUGAACAUCAUUUGCCAACGAAGGACUUCGAGGGACAAAGCAACUUAUUGACUUACAUUGUUCACGUAAAAAAUCCUGAGGAUGAUAAUUCUCUUCAAUCCAAGGACUUGCAUAGUUGGUACAACUCGCUUCUGCCAGAUAGCACACAAAACCAGCAACGCAUUACUUUCUCAUAUAGUAAUGUUGUGAACGGGUUUGCUGUGAAACUGACCCCGGAAGAAGCCAAAGCUCUAGAAGAGAAGGAAGAGAUUGUGUCAGCCAGGCUUGAAAAGAUCCUCUCUUUACACACAACACGCACUCCAAGCUUCUUGGGGUUGCAACAGGGACUAGGAUUAUGGAAAGAUUCCAAUUUUGGCAAAGGGAUCAUAAUUGGAAUGCUGGACACGGGGAUAGACCCGAGCCACCCUUCUUUUUCAGAUGAAGGAAUGCCACUCCCACCAGCAAAAUGGAAGGGCCAUUGUGAAUUAACAGGGAAGAGAACUUGCAACAACAAGCUCAUUGGUGCAAAGAAUUUUAUGAAACAAUCAUCCCUUCCACUUGAUGAUAGUGGUCAUGGAACACACACAUCCAGCACAGCCGCUGGAAAAUUUUUGCAAGGUGCUAGUUUCUUUGGCAAUGCUAAGGGUACAGCAGUUGGCAUGGCACCUUAUGCACACUUAGCAAUGUACAAGGUGUGCGGCUCUUUUGGUUGUCCUGAAAGUGCAAUAAUAUCUGGAUUGGAAACGGCCAUUGAAGAUGGUGUGGAUGUACUUUCUCUUUCCCUUGGGGGGGGGGGGGGGGGACCCGAACCUUAUUUUGAUGAUCCAAUUGCAGUUGCUGCAUUUAGUGCAAUUCAGAAGGGAAUUUUCUUUAGUUGCUCAGCUGGUAAUGAAGGUCCUGAUAAUCAUAGUAUAUCUAAUGAGGCUGCAUGGAUUCUCACCGUUGGUGCUAGCACCCUUGACAGAAAAAUAAUAGCAACAGCAAAACUUGGAAACGGUGAAGAGUUUAAUGGAGAAUCAGUGUUCCAACCCAAAAACUUCACCCCGACAUUAUUACCACUAGUGUAUGCUGGUGCAAAUGGAAAUGAGUCAUCUAGUUUUUGCGCCCCAGGAUCCUUAGGGAAUGUGGAUGUCAAGGGAAAGGUAGUGUUGUGCCUGCGAAGUGAAUUUGUUGCAACAGAAGAAAUAGGAAAGGAGGUUAAGAACGCUGGUGGUGCUGCCUUGAUCCUCAUGAACGCCCCAAUUGAAGGCUACAGUACCUUUGCUGAUGUUCACGUUCUUCCUGCUACAGAGGUGAGUUAUGCUGCUGGAUUAGCCAUCAAGGAUUACAUAAACUCAACUUCAACACCAACAGCCACAAUCAUAUUCAAAGGAACUGUUAUUGGAACUCCACUUGCCCCAGAAGUUACAUUCUUUUCUUCCAGAGGUCCAAGCAAAACAAGCCCGGGACUUCUGAAACCAGACAUCAUUGGGCCGGGCAUGAACAUUAUAGCUGCAUGGGCUGAGUCUUUGGACAACAAUUUUCCACCAUUCAACAUAAUUUCAGGUACCUCAAUGUCUUGUCCUCAUCUCAGUGGCGUUGCAGCACUGGUCAAAAACUCUCAUCCAGAUUGGUCUCCCGCUGCCAUAAAAUCAGCUAUGAUGACCACUGCUUAUGCACUGAAUCGUGGAGGCAAGCCUAUAGUGGACCAAAGGCUUCUACCAGCAGAUGUGUUUGCCAUAGGUGCAGGCCAUGUUGACCCUGUGAAAGCAGAUGAUCCAGGCCUUGUUUAUGAUAUUGAACCAAAUGAUUACAUUCCUUAUUUGUGCGGUUUGGGUUACACUGACAAACAAAUUGGUAUUAUUACGAAACAGAAUGUGAAAUGCUCGGAGGUAAAAAGCAUAGCGGAAGCACAACUUAAUUAUCCCUCGUUUGCUAUUCGUUUUAGGUCUCCUGAUCCACAGUUCUACACCAGAACGCUCACAAAUGUUGGACCCACCAACUUAACUUACACUGUGAUAAUUGAUGCACCUUUGGCAGUGGGAAUGAGCAUAAGCCCGACUCAAAUAACAUUCACGGAGGUGAAGCAGAAGGUUACGUACACGGUUGGAUUUGUACCCGAAGACAAAGAGAUUAGCGGGAAGCCCAAGUUUGCUCAGGGGUCUAUCAAGUGGGUAUCUGAAAAUUACUCUGCUAGCAUCCCUAUAUCUGUUCACUUCGAGUGA